AUGGGAAAUACCAUCUCUUACACAGCCACAGGUUGUGAAGUGGACCUCCCCAACCGGGGACGUAUAAAGGGUCUGCAGUUCGAUAACAAGUCACGUAGAUUUGCAGGCGUUCCUUAUGCGCAACCUCCCACUGGAGACCUUCGAUGGCGGAAGCCCCAGCCUCUUCCUGACACCUACAAGUACAUGUCCGCCGGAGCUACCCCAUACGAUGCUACAGAAUUUGGGCCCGUUUGCCCCCAGCCAAAUUACUCGAAGGUAGUGAGCGAGCAUACUCCCAAGCAUGUCUAUGAUGAGGACUGCCUUCGGUUGAAUAUUUGGACUCCUGUUCCUGAUCUCCAAAAUCCAAAGAGAAAAUGGCCUGUCAUGAUCUGGUUCCACGGUGGAUGGUUCCAGGUCGGGGAUCCCAGCCAGGAAGCCAGCAUGGACCCAACGGAGUUGAUCUCAACUGGUGAGCUCCAGGCUGUUUUUGUUGCAGUGGGAUACCGGCUCAACGUCUUUGGGUUUUUGGCCUGUCAUUCUCUCCUCGAAGAGUCCGAGGGUACAUCAACAGGCAAUUACGGACUUUGGGAUCAGCGCCUCGCGCUUGAUUGGGUUCAUAAGCACAUAGAGGCCUUCGGAGGAGACUCGACCAAUAUUCACUUGGCCGGGCGUAGCGCAGGUGCCUACUCGGUUCUCGCUCAGGCCCUGUACGAUUUUCGCUCUGCUGGGAGUGAUCAUUUUCGAUCGAUGGUCAUGUACUCUAAUGCGAUUCCAACACAACCAAAAACGCCCCAGGAAUGUGAAGCCCAAUUUGAAGAGAUAUGCACAUACUUUGACGCGCCAUCCUCAUUAAGCGGAGUCGAAAAGCUUCAAUUCCUGCGCGGCAUAAGUGCCAGAGACCUUUGUGCCGGAAUUAUGAACCUCGGAAACCACACUUUCCGUCCAGUCACAGACGACAUGUUUAUUAAACCAGGAAUAUUUGAUUACUACCGAGAUGGCUUAUUUGCACGAGAGUUCAAGCGACGCGACCUGCGCAUCUUCAUUGGCGAGGUUCUCAACGAGGAGACCUUAUACGCGGCCACAAAUUGCCCAGACGCGAAUUGGGAAUCCCUCCAGCAGCAAGUCGCAAAUUACUACCCCUUUCCGACAACGCAACGCCUGCUUCAACAUUAUCAACUCCCAGAGUCAGACAACAAGCAAGACUGGGCUGAUCUGUUCGGAAAGAUUGUCUCCGAUGGUCAAGUUAGAGCUCCAUCGCGACACCUUGUCAAGACCCUCGCGGACAAUGGCGUCGAUAUGGGAAAUAUAUGGCGCUACAUGAUUGCGUACCGACUAUCGUUCAUAACGGAGCAGAUUGCCCCCGCUUCGUUUGGGGUGACCCACGCUAUGGACCGGCCUAUUUGGAACUACUCACUUACACACGGCCCGACUACUGAGGAGCGGGAACUGAUGUCAGCAUGGAUACACGAUCUCUGUGCCUUUAUCCACGGUAUAGAUGGCUACUCUUAUGGUACUUCUUCUCCGGAACAAUAUAAGGUCAUGACCGGGGAAGGGAAAAUUGCUAUUCAGAAUGAUCCGAAAUGGGCUGAGCUGAUAGGGGUAAUGGACCUAUUUUCGGGGGAAUAG